AUGGCCCUGACUAGUUCCAUCUGCGUUGUUGGCCUGGUCAACAGGCGCAUGGCGACUCCUAACGCGUCCCAGCGCGACAGCGAGGUUUGGAUCAUCUGGCAGUGCCACUGGGGACGUUGGGGCGGCUUGCCCAUCGGAUCCUCCAGCCGGAUCUCCCUAGCCGGAAGCCGUCCUACCUGUAACCAGGUCCAAUUCGAUGUCGCUCAGAAGGGUUAUUACUCCGUCGGUGAGCCCGAAUGCCUUGUCGACCCCUGCCUUUAG